AUGCCGCCGGGAAGUGAUGCGAGAAACCUGGCCUGGAUUGACGCAAGCAUCCCCAUCGAAAUUACCUCCAUAACUUUGAAUAAAAACUCCACCCUGUUGGAAGAAAAACACGGCCGCGUAUCGCACUACGUCAGAGGACACCCAUUUGACUGGGAGAACCAAAUCUUCUACGGCCUAAAGGUAUCCCUGGAAUUUCAAAUGGAACCCGGAAAGGUGUAUCGCGAUUUUGAGUUUGAAGAAGUUUUCGAGGAGGGCCAUUUUCAUGUUGAAAUCGUUGGGACUUGGAAGAACAAGCUGAAUUUUGUGAUACCGGAAGGCAUUGUGGUUUUCACGUAUACAAAGACAGCCCCAGAAUUUACCGUCACUUUCAAGCCUGUGUUGUUGCCAAAUGGAAGCGGUUGUGACUGCCCAGUUUUCGGCAUGAUAUCUGGCGACCAAGACAAUGGCUGGCUGGAUCGCGGAAGAAAAUUCAGCGGACAGUACCCUCAAGCCUGCGGUCUUGAUGCCCAUGCCGGCUUCGUUUGCGGCUGGGUUUUUAGCACCGCCAGGAUGCCGCCCGGAAGCGACGCAAGAAGCAUCCCUUGGAUUGAUACGAAUAUCCCCAACGAAAUCUCCUCCAUAACUCUGAGAAAAAAUGCCACGCUGUUGGAAGAAAAGAAUGGUCGUGUCUCACAUUACGUGAGGGGACACGCAUUUGACUGGGAGAAGCAGAUUUUCUAUGGGCUCAAGGUCGAGCUCGAAUUCCCAAUGGAGUCCGGGCGGGUUUAUCGCGAUUUCGAGUUCGAAGACGUCUUUGAGGAGGGGACUUUUCAUGUGGAGAUUGUUGGCAACCGGAAGAACAAGCUGAAUUUCGUGAUACCGAAGGGGAUUGUGGUUUUCACGUAUAACAAGACGGCCCCAGAAUUUAAUGCAACCUUCACUCCGGUGUUGUUGCCGAACGGAAGCAGUUGCGACUGCCCAGUCUUCGGUAUGAUGUCAGGAGGCGAAGGCGAUGACGGGCUGGUCCGGGGCAGGAAUUUCAAAGGAGAAUAUCCGCAGGCUUGCGGACUUGCCGCCCACGCCGGUUUCGUGUGCGGCUGGGUUUUCGGCGGUUGGAGAGGGCCAAGUACGGUCGUUUCCUCUGGACACCUAGCCACUGGAGAUUUGCUCUACGUCCGAGACCUGACUACGAGAAAAGCCACCUGCUUAAACAUGACGGCAACUCCGGAGACACUCGGCAUCCCACAGAAUCACGAUUUUGCGAUCUACUUUUUUGGCUCGAACAAGCCCGACUCGACCCGGAAGCUUGACCUCGUUUUCAAUUACAAUAAUAAGGCG